AAUUCUCCAGUGCUACCGCAUAGACUGGAAGGGGCGGACUGCAAGGUUCGCAGUCAUGUUCAAUGGUUGGAAUGAGCACCAGGAAACCGGAAUAGUGCAUUUCCGGUGCAAGGGUUUUGUUGCCUUGUAUGAACUGCUGCUUGAAAGCUGCAGAAGGGGUUUUGCUGCUUUGUACGAACUAUUACUGCUGCCGUGAAGCUACUGCCAUGAACAGAGCUACAGAUUGGAGUUAAGUGAAGAGUGGAUUGCUGUGAAGCUACGGAGCGUCUCGGAUGCUGCUGCUAUGAACAGAGCGGACAGGAUUAUUGCUGCCGUGAAGCUACAAAUUGGAAACCGCAGUAAGCCUUUUACUUCGGAGGAAGCCUAUGAAAUUGUUAUGUCACUGCAGCAACCUGCUGUAUUCUGGAGUAUGGCGUCUGACUGGCCAGCCUUGCAGUGGACUGUAGAAAACCUGUCUUGGAUUUUGGAUGAGAAACCAAUCCGAUUUAGACUUGGAAGCAAGAAGACUGAAACUGCAUUUCCACUGUUUGAGAAUCACUGCAGUUUUUUGGAGGCCUCUAUGAUGCAGUUUUUAUCUUGGAGUCAAGGCCUGUCUGAUGCUGUUCUUGGACCGUUUAGCUCUUAUCCUUAUUCCGAAUUUUGGGCCUAUGCUGACUACAAGUACAUUGCUAUGCUGUUUGAAGACAAGAAGGAGCAUUUUAAGGAUGUUGUUUGGUCUGAUUUUGGCUUUCCUGGAAGGGAUGGUAAAGACAGCACACUGUGGAUUGGCACUGAAGGAGCAAACACACCUUGUCACUUGGACUGCUAUGGCUGUAACUUGGUGCUGCAGGUGCAGGGAAGACCCUGCCAGUAACAUUCCUCGAGUGUUUAGAGAAGACCUGUCUGAUGGCACACAGCGGU